AUGCUUUUUGCUUGGUUCAUACUUUCAACUGCUGCAGGGCACUACCUUGCUGGUUCACCAUUGCUUGAUCAAUUGUAUGGCGACUUGGUACAUGACAACUACAAACAACCUGAAUUUCAGCAAUUCGCAGUUUCCCAGCAAGAAGAAGAUAGUUUGGGAGUGUAUUCCACUCAUGAGCAGAAAUUUCCUGAUGUUUAUUACGAAAACAUUCUUCACCAUUAUAUGAAAAGAAGAACGCAAGCUAGAUAUCCCGAUAAGGACGAUGUUUCUGAUAUUGAAAUGGACCAGAAUAUGUUUGGUGGUAUUGUCACGUACGCGCACCUUCCCCAUUUCAAUUGUUUCAAAGAUAGCAGUGAUGAGCCUAUAGAUGUGGCAAUUGUUGGUGCCCCUUUCGAUACUGGUGUUUCAUUUAGACCUGGUGCUCGAUUUGGUCCCGAUGCCAUUAGAUCAAACGCUAAAAGGCUAAGCUAUCCGUCAACAAUUAAGAAUUUGAACUCCAAAAAGAAGCAUGUCACCGUAUUUGAUAAAUCUACUCACAACUAUUCCAUUGUUGAUUGUGGAGAUGUGGCUAUGUCCCCAUUUGAUAAUAGAAUAGCAUUAAACCAACUUUAUCGUGGACAUAGAGCCAUUGUCAACAACCACCACGGGCGAGUGUAUCAAACACCACGAGUGAUCACUAUGGGAGGUGAUCAUACAAUCACAUUAAUGGCGUUGCGUAACUUGUAUGAGCAGUGGAGAAAGCCGAUCAAGGUCAUUCACUUUGAUUCGCACAUUGACACCUGGGAUCCAGAAAAACUAGGAGGAGGCAUCACUAAUUACAUGAGUUUGAAUCAUGGUACAUUUUUGCAUUAUGCUCAUGAAAAGGGCUUCAUUGGCGGGAAAGGUAAUUAUCAUGUUGGAAUUCGAGCACCAUUGAUUGACGCUGACUUCGAUCUGAGGCAUGAUGCUGAGUGUGGUUUCAAAGUAAUUGCAGCAACGGCAAUUGAUAGAAUCGGAGUUCAAGGGAUAAUCAAAGAGUUGGUUGGUAGUUAUACUCUUGAAGACAUUGAGUCUGACACGCCAGUUUAUAUAUCAGUGGACAUUGAUGUCUUGGAUCCGGCCUAUGCACCUGGUACUGGAACGAUGGAAGUUGGUGGCUUUACAUCGAGAGAGCUCUUGGCAAUAUUGGAAGGCUUGCGGGGAACCGAAUUGGGACGUCAUCUCAUAGGUGGGGAUGUAGUUGAAGUGAGUCCACCUUACGAUUCAAACAGUGGAAUAACUGCCUUGGCUGCCACUGCGGUCAUUGACUCGUUGUUGAAUGUUAUGAUUGAGUAG